AUGGUUGAAAGUACCACGAGUGAGGUUACUGUGUUGAGUCCACUAGGGCAGUUAGUGAGAGUAAAUAAAUUGUUCAAUGAUGUACCUUUGGAGGUUCAAGUGGUACUAAAAAUUGUGGAGGAUAAUGAGGUAGUGGUAAUUGAGGAGCGUCGAAAUUAUUUUUCAAAUGUGAUUUCUGCACUAAGGGUCAAGAAGUUGGUUCAUAAGGGUUGUGAGGUGUAUCUAGCCUACAUCGGUAUUUUUUAUUCCGAGGUUUCUUUUGUUAAGGAUAUCAGAACAGUUAAGGACUUUCCAGAUGUUUUUCCCGAUGAACUACCUGGGUUACCUCCAAAAUUGAGCUCCAGCCUGAUUUUGAGGGAGAAACAACUAUACACCAAGUUCAGGAUUAGGGUUGACCCUGGGAAAGUUGAAGCUGUUCUAGGUUGUAAGCCGCCUAAGACACCAGAGCCUGGGAAAGAGUUCACUGUCUACAGUAAUGCAUCACAGGUUAGUUUGGGCUGUGUGUUGAUGCAAGAUGGUAUGGUGGUGGCAUAUGCGUCACACCAGCUUAAAACGCCUGAGAUGAAUUAUCCAACACAUGACUUGGAGUUGGCCGCAGUGGCAUAUACACUGAAAAUUUAG